UGGCUCCGAGCGAGCCGCCGCCCGCCGCAGCUCGCCAGACGCAGAACCCGGAACCUGCAUGAGCACAGCUGGCAUACGUCAGUUUCUCAAAUUUGAUUUGAAGGCGCAGGAAUAAUUUAUCCCACAGAAACAACAACAAUGCGUGCCAACUAUAAGAAGUUUGUGGGACUGAUUUUGGUCAGUGGACUACUGCUGGGCCUGUUUUAUGCUUGGAGCCCUGGAACCAGCUCAGGAGUUGACAUAAGGCCAAGACAGGAAGGUCUAAUAAAGGAACUCAUCGAAGGGAAAAUUCGAGACCCCUUCAGUGGCAAUCGUGACAUUGCCUACCAUAUAAAGGAUGAUGUGGCAUGUCAUUUGGCUCGAAAUACAUGUGUUUGUCUGGGUGAUGAAGGGGCCUUUCAACUGCCAUUCUCCAAUCUGCUGUUCCCACGCGUGUGGGCCCACAAUAUUGAUCUUGCAUUCUUAGAGUCCCAUCCUGACCCCGAGGGCCUGAAGCGUCACAGAGCUGAGGAGUACAGCAACUUUCAGAAGAGGACCUACAAUCCUGCAGAUGUGCCUUUUGUAGCUGAGGCAAACAGUCCUCUUCAGUAUCCUACCCAGGGUGUGGAGGUGCGACCCCUCAAAACGAUCAUCAUUCCUGGUUUGGGUCUUAAAGAAGAAACAAGAUCAAACCAUAUGGUAUAUUUGACAGCAUCACUGGGGACUUUUGAUGUUGCUGCUACAGUGGAUGGGGUCUCUGUUAAAGGAGGGGGAGAGAAGCACAUGAUACUAUCUAGUCCUCUACUCUCCACUCUGAACAAGCAGCUGCAGUUUGUCACCUACACAAACACUGUUUUCCAUCCCAAGACAGCAGAUACAGUUCAGUUUGCAACUGAAGGUCACAAGUCAUUUUUCUCCAUUAAAGUUGGACAUGGAACCAUACCUAAACUUUACAACUCUGGAUAUCAAAGAGAGUACAAUAUUAGUGCACUUGUUACCAUCGCCACCAAGACCUUUCUACGCUAUGACAAACUCAAAGAUCUCAUUGACAGCAUACGGCAAUAUUAUCCCACCGUUACAAUAGUGAUAGCUGAUGAUAAUGAACACCCUCAGCCAGUGCCCGGGCCUAACAUUGAUCAUUACAUCAUGCCAUUUGGAAAGGGUUGGUUUGCAGGAAGAAACCUGGCAGUGUCUCAAGUGACCACCAAGUAUGUGCUCUGGGUGGAUGACGAUUUCAUCUUCACUGCAAACACCAAGCUGGAGAGGAUGGUGGACAUCUUAGAAAAGACCACUCUGGAUCUGGUCGGUGGCGCAGUGAGAGAGGUCACAGGUUACACUGCAACAUAUCGUCACACCAUUUCAGUGGAAGAAGGGGGAGAGGAGGGCAACUGUUUACAUAUUAGAAAUGGCUACUACCAUGUCAUUGAGGGAUUUCCCAACUGUGUGGUAGCUGAUGCCGUCAUCAACUUCUUCAUGGGGAGGACAGACAAGGUCCAGGAGGUGGGCUUUAACCCCCGCCUGGCACGGCACGGUCAUCUGGAGUUUUUCAUCGACGCUCUGGGCUCCCUCCACAUUGGCUCCUGUAGUGACGUCAUUGUAAACCACGCAUCAAAGAUCAAACUACCCUGGAGUAAAACAGACUCACAAAAGGCUUAUGACAAAUUCCGCUAUUCAUCUUCCACUGCUGAUAAUGACAUUCAUAAAGAAGUCUUCUACUUCAAGAACCGGUUCAAGUGCAUGACCAGUCACUGAAACUUGUGCUCCCAAAUGUCUGUCUGCUGCCCUAAUGUGAGGAAUAAUGGGAACUGACUGU